UAGCCUAAAAAAUUUAUGUUGAUUUUGGUGUUGUCAAUUGUAUGUUUUCUCUGGUCUUCAGAAUGGAAAUUGAAGGAAAUAUAUUGAAACAAUGCAAUUUCAUCAGAAAUUUGUGUGAAAGAGUAUCUGAAAUUCACAAUGAAGCUGUGAAGCAUGAAAAUUCUUUUCCGGAAUGUGUAAUUUGUUCACAAAACACCAAUGAAUUUUCAUUCAUCAAGAAUCAACUAUUCCUCAUCGUAAAGAUCAAUCUCCAGCUUAAAGAUGAGACCCCUCGCGAAGAAGAGAAUGUAAAUAAAUCAGAAUUUGUGAGAAUUUUUGAUAGUGACAAUUUUCAAAUAUCCAAGGAGGAAACAAAAGAUGCCCAAGAAGAUUUACCUGAGUUUUCCGAUGAUGAUAAGGAUAAUUUUGAGGAAUUCACAGAUCCAGCUCCUAUUAAUGAUAUUCAGAAGGCUGGACUGUUUAAAACAAGUCCAAGGACAACAAACAAGACACAAAGUGUGACUUCAGGCAUUAGUGAUCAUGUAAGAAGUAAAACAAAAGCAGAACGAAAGCAUGUUUCCGAACCCGAAAGCUUGGACAGCAGCUCAACAUCAACAAUAAAGUAUCAAUGUGAAUACUGUGAGAAGAAAUUCAAAAAGAAAUGCAAUCUUGUUAUGCACAUGAAAUCCCAUUGUAGAGAUAACAAUACUCUGAAGACUAAGGCAUCUUCUAGGAAGAAUAAUUCUUUAACUGAUGAUAAAGAUAAACAGAAGUGUCCUUUCUGCAAUAGGAUCUUUAAGAGAAAGCACGAAUGCAGAUUGGUAGAACCUAAAGCACCAACAAUUUUUUCCUGUGCUUACUGUCCGGAAACAUUUAGCACUUAUCCUAAGAUAUAUGUUCACCAUAAGACACAUCAUUCGGAUAAGCCUAAACCCUUGUCGCCUUUCCAAUGUGAUAUCUGUGGAGCUUUUGCAUUGCGUUUGUAUGCUCUCAAGCGUCAUAUGCUAGUACAUACGGAUUAUGCUCCAUUUGAAUGUGAUCAGUGCAAAAAGAAAUUUCGCACUUGUCAGAAGCUGACGGAACACCAGCGAAAGCACAUUCCAAAGGCAGAACGAGACGACAAGUACAAGUGCGAAAUUUGUCAGAAAAAAUUUACAUUCAGACAAUCAUUGAAAAAGCACAAAAAUCAUCAACAUACCAACAAUAGAACACUCUUUCCCUGUACGAUAUGUGGGGGAAAAUUCAUCAGUUCGACCUCUCUUCAGAAACAUCAAACGACCCAUGAUGGUGAAGCUCCGCGGGCUCACAAAUGUGAUCAGUGUGGAAGGAUUUUUGAAAAAUUGAAAUACUUCAAUCAUCACAGAAAAAUUCGACACAACAUCUAUACAGAUUUGAUGCUUAGAACUAAUCCUAAACCUAAAAAGAAGAAAUAAUUCUAAUUCUAAUCUAAUGCCCUAAAAAUAUAUACUUAUAAUCUAUGUAAUAAAAAUAUUUAAUUUUAAAUUGAAAA